CAUUUUUUGGAGAAAAUUACAACGGCCCCACCCCCACCACCACCCCCGGUGGGGUUUUCUUCUUCAUUAUCGGCCAUAUGAAAUUCCUAUUUCCUCAAUUCCGACGGAAACAGGAAAUUCAUUUGGCCGGUAAACUAUUCCUCCCGGCCACCGUGCUAAUUAUGUAAAAUCACUAUUAAUCCAACAUUGUAAAAAAAAAAAUUAAAAAAAAAAAUAAAAACAAACCGUUUGAUUUUGUGAUCGGCACCUAUAAAAACCAUGCAUUGGUGGCAGGGCGCGUUUACUUCUACGUCGAAGUCGCAAUCCAACGACGACAGCGUCAUCGGCGGCGGUGGUUCCGCCGGAGCCAGCAGCUACCCCGCGAAGCCAGGCUUCUUCUCCUCGCGGCGGAACCGCCUCCUCAGCCGCGCCAGGAAAUUGCGGCAGGUGACAGAGAACGACGUCGAGAUGUGGCGGUCCCCCGACCAUUUGCAGAAUAUGCCCGCCAGGUCAGCAUUGGCGUCCACGUCGCCGUCGCCUCAGCCGCUGCCUCUGCCGGAAUUGCACGUGCUGCUGCAGCGCGACCCCAAAUUCGCCUCCUCCAGCUCCUGCAGCGUGCCCCUUCCGUCUCCAGACGCUAUUCAGAUAACGAGAGGAUCCGAUGACAAGGAGAGGGAAAGAGAAAAGGAAAAGGAGUCAUCGGAGAUUGACGGAGUUAAAAGCAGAUUAGUACGCCAAGAUUCAAGAACAAAUACAGAGAAUUCGGAAAAUCGGCAAUCUAGGAAGUCACGGCACAAUCAGAAACAAAAAUCCUCGGACGGGUACAACUUCAACAUUCCCAUCAGCGCUCCGACCAGUCCUUAUUCAAGCCUUGUUGUGUCUCCCCCAAGGAGUGAUAUGUGGGCAUCUCACUACCUGACCCCACCCGGAGUUUUCCAAGUUUGGUCAGCACCGGAGAUGCCACAUUCAGAUGGGAAUGUAGGCCUAGGUUUCUCGUACCAAACGCCUUACGAGAAAGUUGCAUCUAGUGUUGAUAGUUCUCCUCUUCAGAGUCCAAGAAUUAGUACUCACAAGCCGGCCUCACCGUUAACACGGUGGGAAAGUAAUGUUCAGGCCUCUGUACAUCCCUUACCUCUUCCUCCAGGGGCUGCCGUUUCUUCUUCACCGCCCACUCCAAUAUCCCCUGUCAGAUGUAAAUCCGAAUUUUCAGGAGCUUCGUUACCUUCACAGCUCACAGUUAGACAUGAAUUUACAGGAGCUAACAUUCCUUCAUUGCCCUCUCCGAUUUCCCCUGUUGGGAAUAAAAUUGAAUUGAUGCCCAUUAAAUCUCAAUGGCAGAAAGGAAAGCUCAUUGGGAGGGGGACGUUUGGAAGUGUUUAUGUAGCUUCCAACAGAGAGACUGGAGCAUUAUGUGCCAUGAAAGAAGUCGAGAUUUUACCUGAUGAUUCGAAAUCUGCAGAGUGUAUGCGGCAAUUGGAGCAGGAAAUUAAAGUUCUUAGCCAUCUAAAGCAUCCGAAUAUCGUGCAGUAUUUUGGUAGUGAAAUAGUAAGUAAAGUUUCUUCACGAAGAUGGAUUGAAACUAUUGCUUUUCUGCUGCUGCAGUCAGAUUCUCACUUUAUGUUGAAACAGGUCGGCGACAAGUUCUACAUAUACCUGGAAUAUGUCCAUCCUGGUUCAAUCAAUAGAUUCAUCCAAGACCAUUGUGGAGCUAUUACAGAAGCUGUUGUUCGCAAUUUUACUCGUCAUAUUCUCUGUGGAUUGGCUUAUUUGCACAGUAAAAAAACCAUACACAGGGAUAUCAAAGGCGCUAAUCUACUGGUUGAUGCAUAUGGGGUUGUCAAGCUUGCUGAUUUCGGGAUGGCAAAACAUCUGAACGGGCAAACGGCAAAUCUGUCAUUGAAGGGGAGUCCAUAUUGGAUGGCUCCAGAGCUCUUGCAAUCCGCAAUGCAAACAGAUGCCAGCUCAGAUGUUGCUUUAGCAGUUGAUAUAUGGAGUUUGGGUUGUACAAUAAUCGAAAUGAUGAACGGAAAGCCUCCUUGGAGCGAAUAUGAAGGGGCGGCAGCAUUAUUCAAGGUUCUAAAGGAGACUCCACCGAUACCACAAAUAAUGUCGGCAGAGGGCAAAGAUUUCUUGCAAUGCUGCUUUCGUAGAAAUCCAGCUGAAAGGCCAACCGCCAGCCAGUUACUAGAUCAUCCAUUCUUGAGCAACAACACUAAAGAGACAAAAAACACGGACAAUUUGCAGCUUUCGAGGGAGCGGCCGAGGCAAAAAGUAGACCAAUUGUCGGUUCCAUUUGACACACAGAUGAGGAAGGGGAAACUUAGUAACAAAUUCACGCACGAUUCUUUUACUCCGGUAAGAAUAUCCAACGAUGCCAUCUUCAGAUACCCCAUUUAGCAGUGGCUCCACUUCCUCUUUUUAUCCCCACGGAAGCUCUCGGAAAGUUAUCUGGUUAGAAUGAAGAACACAUGAAAACGCAUAUUUAUAUAUAUGGGUGGAGUAGGGGUGGGGGAUUUAGGUGUAGAUAUAAUAGGCUUUGUAUAACCCCUUGGAGAAAGAACAAACAAGCUGCAAAAUUUGCUGCUCUGAGUUUGAAAAAAAAAAUGUACAAAUAGUGUAUAUUAUUUAUACGUUGAUCUUUCACCAGCUUGCUGAAUGAAAUCAAGUUGAUGCAUAGGAAUUGUUUCUGAAACAAGUUUUUUUUUUUUUUUUUAAUUUACUGUGUGUAGUAGUGUGUGUGCUGGUGUAAGGUGAGUUUUUAGACUACUUAGUUUUUUUUUUCUUU